UACAUGUGUGAUGUCUUUCCCUUGUCUUACAAAUAAGAAGAUAUCAGCCUAAUCCUUUAAAAAUUGUGAAAUGAGACAUGAAACUUCUGAAUCUGGGAAAAGCAGGCAGAUAAAAAAUGCACAUCUGUAAGUUUUACAUUUCUGCAGUUCUUCUAGUAACAGUUGUAGGGAGCAUGUUGGCUGUAUACAGAGUGUUUGAACAUUUAUGGAUCAUUGGGUAUUCUUCUUCUUACAACUCAACAAUAUAUAGUGAAAUUUCCAGUAAUAUUUCAGAUGAGGCCUUUGAAGAUGAUGAUUAUGAAGUUCAAACAUGGGAGACAUUUAAGGAAAAAUCAUAUUUUUUUGGAAAUUUGAGAAAACGUGGAUGGGAAUUAGCUGAAGAAUUUUGCAAGAAGAACAAUGCAUCUCUUCUUAUAAUUGACGAAAAAGAUGAAUUGGAUUUCAUAUCAAACAAGUCUAUUAGAACUGCAUGGGUUGGACUUCGACAAGAAUCUCACAAAAAAUGGUUUUGGACUAAUGGAGCUAUGCUGAAUGCAAUCCUCUUUCCUGGAGGAGUUACACAAGAGAAGGACAAGAAUGAAUGUGCCAAUGUGAUGCACAAUAAAUUAUUUGCUGCACCUUGUAAAUCUGCCAGUCUAUGGAUUUGUGAAAGAAAUGAUGUUAAUCAGUAAUAUUCCCUCAAAUGGAAGGAAAUAUCAUGAUUUCUUUUAAAGAUAUUAUCUUUUUCUUUUUUGUUAAAGUAAGUUGUAAUUAGUGAUGCAAUUUAUCAAACAUGUGGCUUUCUUCGCACAUUACAGUUACAUCAGUGUUAUCAGUGAUCUGUUUUUAACAUCUUUAACUAGUUUAUAUGAUUUGAUAAAGAUGAAGGUAAAAUUUCUAUUGAAGCUAAAAUUUGGAUUCAUGAUAGGUUAUCGAGCAUAUGUUAAUAUUUAUCAGCUUUCCUUUUUCUCAGGCUUUAUGUGUAUACAAACACGAUUAAAUAAUUGGAUUAUAGAUUGUGUAGUGUUGAUGUGCAAUGGGUAGCGUUGCCAUCUCAUAGCACAUUGACCAUGAUGCACGUAAGCACUGGAGUGAGUGGUCUCUCAUCCCAUCCAGGGCUAUUUCCUGGUUUGUGAUAGUGCUUAUUUAAAAUGGAAAGAUGAUUGUUUUAUGCUUUAAGUCCUUUGUGUUUAAUGCAUGUAUGGAGUUAUUCCUCUUGUGGACACUUCCACUUGAUCUCAAAGCCAAGGAUAGUCUCAACUGUGAAAAUGUAUUAACACAUUGUACAAACUUGCCUCACCUAAAUGGACUUUGAUGUUUUUCUGUAUACUUACUAAAACAAACACCCCUACAAAGAAAGUUAUGGAGAUGUGCUGAGUGAAAAUUUAGUUAUUUUUACAUUUUACCACUGAAUUAUUUACCUUUGUGCUGUGCCGAAAAUCCUAAAUUAUGUUAACAGUGUGCUAAACCUGGUUUGAUAUCCUUUAUUAAAGAAUUUUGCUCUGAUUUCCAGAAUAUUAAAAAGUAAAUGACCAGACUUAAAAUUAUGAAUUCCCUUUGUCCAUAAACAUUUAUCAAAGUUGAAAAGGAUUAUGAAAUGUUACAUUUUGUGUUAACUAUUCAUUAAAAGUCUUAGCUAA